AUGCCGAACUCUUUCCAUACGGCAGACGAAUACGAUAUUGUGAAUCAUGAGGAAACAGCCUUGAGCCCCGAGGUCCUCGCUCAGAUCCGCGGCUGGCUUCAGCCAACUGACUAUCUGGCCGAGUCUGGAGAAUUUCGCCGCCAUCUCUCAUCUCAGGCUCCCGGAACCGGACUCUGGCUUUGCCAAACUGAAGAAUACCGAAAAUGGCACGACUCGCCUGACCACGGGAGUCUCUGGAUCAAAGGUGUUCCUGGUGCCGGCAAGUCCGUCGUGGCCGCUUCCAUCAUCCAGCAUCUCCGCACAACUGAAGAGUGCCCCGUGCUUUUCUUCUUCUUUCGAAAUAUCGUCGCCGCCAACUUUUCGCCUCGUGCCCUUUUGCGGGACUGGCUCGCCCAGCUCUUGCCGCACUCGCCAAAGUUGCAGUAUGCGUUGCAGACGCGGCUCGGGGGCGAGCUCUCAGAAACAUCGGAUAAUGAUCUUAUUCAACUCUUUCUCGACGGUGUGUCUUGUGUUCCGAAAUUGUAUUGUGUGGGAGACGCCCUAGACGAAAUGACCAUGGAGAACAAAUCGUUCCUCGAUCGGCUCAACAGCUUAGCAACGCACCGUCCACGCACUUUGAAGCUGCUCAUGACAAGCAGGCCGAAGCAGUACCUUCAAAGCGCCUUGAGGGAUUCUUCCAUUGUUCACGUCAGUCUUCAACAAAGACUUGUAGACAUCGAUAUCGUCUCGUUUUUGAACCAUCGAUUCGAUUCUGCGUCGAAGCUCAAGACCCAAAAGAUACGAAAGCAGCAGAUAAUUGAAAUGGUCGCCAAAAGAUCAGAAGGCCUGUUUCUAUAUGCGAAGCUCACAAUGGACCAGGUGGAAGCUGCGCUGGACUCUGAUGGCUCUGUCGAUCUCCAGUCCUUGGAAGAAUCUCUACCUGUGGGGUUAGAGAAGACAUACAGCAACAUACUCGCGACCCAACGUGAAGAGCGUGGUGUGAAUUUAGAUGUACAAAUUCUUGUGCUCGAAGCAGUUACCCAUGCAUCACGACCUUUACGACUUAACGAACUAGCUAAUCUUCUGAAAUGCAUCUAUCCAGAUGCCACCGACUCAGCCGGCUUCAAAUCCUUGGUUGCGGCGUCCUGUGGGCCACUAAUAGAGAUCCUCGAAGAUGAGACGCUCCAAGUCAUUCAUCAUUCGUUCACCGAAUUCUUGAGAGGUGACACCCGAAGUCACAGUACCGCAUCAGAAGAUUCCUUGACAGAGUUCCCGAUGAUACAAUCUGAUACGACGCACAAGCACAUGGCCCUUUACUGUCUGCGCUAUCUUCAAUGCGGAUCCUUAUUAGUAGAGGGUGAAACGUCUGACAGCGCGUCUGUCACAUUCCAAGUUCCUGAUCACAAAGUCAAUCCUGACGAAGAUUAUGAGAGAUACUCCCGUAGGGGGAUGAAGAGGGAAGUCGAUCAUUUCAAAUACAGGGAUGCUCGACUGAAACAUCCGUUUUUGAGCUACUCAGUUGAGAACUUGUCCUAUCACGCCAGCCGAUAUGACCGAAUAGACAGAGAGAUGUUUGAUGCAGUUCUUGGCUUUCUAAAUGUCGAUAGCUUGGCAUUUAGAAGAUGGUUGGUUCUUCAAUGGGGCUCGACAACUAGAGAUAAGGAGAGCACAGAUGGCAUCCCGACAGCUCUUCAUAUCGCAGCCUUUUCUGGAAUGUCUGAGCUUGUGCUGGAGCUUAUUCAAAAGGGAUCAUCCGUCACGAGCCUGGAUUCCCAGGACCGUAUCCCUCUCCAUUGGGCAGCCGCUAACGGUCAUGGAAAGACUGCAUCGCUACUCAUUCUGCACGGAAGUGAGCCAAAUGCAGUCGAUGGGCGCGGGUUGAAGCCGAUUCAUCUUGCCGCUAAGAAGAACCACCACGCGGUUGUUACAGUCCUCCUCGAAGCUGGUGUGGAACCAAACACGAUAAAGACCAAGGAAAAUCAUGCUGGUCGGCUUUUGGGUGGAGAGCGGAUCACCCGGGGCGAGUGUGCAAUUCUGUAUGCCAGUCAGGGCGGGCACACGGAAACUGUCAUAUCGAUGAUUCCAUUUUGCAAUGAAGAAACUUUAGAGCAGCUGCUGUGCGAAUGUUGUCGGUUUAGCCGCACAGACUCUGUGCUGGAGAUCCUCAAGAGAUCAAAUGUCUCGGCUGAUGCCACGUAUCGUGGUGGAACAGCCCUCUAUCUAGCCUGCCGCGUAUUCAACAUCGAGUGUAUCAAGGUUCUGAUCAAACGUGGAGCGGAUGUUAACAAAAUCUCUGCUUGGGCACCUCGUCCUACUAUGAAUGGAGGGGGUAGGAGAAAGGAAGCUUCUAAGACACCAGCUCACUGGAUAAUUCAAGAAUGGGGAAAAGAAAACAAGAAAGCAUGCCGAACCAUUCUGCAGCUCCUGAUUGAUGCCGGUGCUGAUCUUGAACAACUUAAUGGCGGGCGGCUCACGGCCUUGCAUUUAGCAGCGAAAGGACGCCAGUCCCAGUCCACUGAUGAGCCAUCGGAAUGCCAAGUGGACCUGUUAAGAUUACUUCUAGAGGCUGGAGCGAGCACCAAAACGACUGGCCAUAACGGAAGCACCGCCUUGCAUUUGCUUGUCGGGCCACAUCUGAGCCUGGAAGCCGUUAAGCUUCUGGUGGAGUAUGGAAGCGAUCCGAAUCAGAAGAACUCCAGCAGUGAGACUCCUCUUCAUCUCGCCUUGCAAUUUCGCUCAAAGAAACAAGCAAAGAUGGAGGAGCAGGAUGCUGUUAUCAAAUACUUGAUUGAGAAGGGUGCUGAUCCCAACGUGGAGGACGAUAAGGGGAACUCAGCAGUGCAGGCCGCAAUGUUUGUGUCAGUUGAGUUAUUUAAGACACUCCUGUCCAGCUGUCACGAUGAUGGCGUAAAACAGAAAUGUUGGUUUGGAUUGUUUCGAGUAGACGACACCCGAUUUUCUUCUUGCUUGCAAACCUUGCUGGGAGAAGGCAUUGACAUUGACACGCAAGAUCAACAAGGUCUCACACUGUAUUUGAAUUGCCUCUGGUAUCCUGAAAAACUCUCUGUCCUCGAGAAGCAUAAAGCGAGAGUAGACAUUGCUGAUAACUUAGGCAAUAACGCACUACAUCAUGUCGUCAGACAACCGAGCAUCUCGCGCAUAGAAUACUUUAUAAAGAGGGGAUUGGAUCCUCUCAGUCUGAACAUUGAUGGCAACACACUAAUCCAUCUGGCGACUCAGAAUUAUAGUUUCGACAAUAAUUCUUCUGGAGGGAAUGGUAAUCCGGUUCCGUUCUUCGAAUACCUUAUCAAUCUUGGAAUAUCUGUCAACGCUGUCAACAAAGAUGGGCAAACAGCUCUGCACCUCUACGAGAGCCGUGAUGGUCACAAAUCACGAAAAUCGAAUCUUAUAGACGCCCUCAACUGUAAAGGCGAUGUCGAGAUUGAUAUCAAAGACAGGAAUGGCUUGACUGCUCUUCAUCUGGCCAGCAUGAGAUCUGUGUCCGAAUUCAACGAGUUAGUGGAAUGCGGUGCUGAUUGGACUGUCCUCACCAACAACUCCCAGAACAUUUGGCAUCUGAUUUCCCGUGCUCGAAGACCCGAAAUUCUUGGUCAAUUACUGGAGAGAUUGGCCGGAUCAGGGAUAGAGCGGCGAGACCGGUUUGGCAAGACACCUCUCUACUAUGCCUGCAGCUCCGGGGAACCAGAAUCCGUUGCGCUUCUUCUCAGCAAAGGUGCCAAAGUCAAAGUAAUCGAUUUGGAAGGCGAUACUCCUCUGCACGCUUGUGCGCAUUUCAGAGUAGAACAAAACAUAUGGGACUCGCAAGGCCAGCGUUUCUUCAAAUGGAGGCAAGGUCCACCCAAAGACAUUUUCCGCCCAGGUUCGUCUCAAAGACCGUAUACUCCCAGUCCCUGGUAUCAAAGCAUAUACAACGAUGGGAAAGCGGUAUCUCGAAGGAACUUCUGCCCUUCUGUCAUUACCAUCGUAAAGAUGCUUCGAGAAGCAGGCGUUGAUGUUGGCGCUGUCAACGAAUCUGGAUAUACGGCAUUGGACACUGCCCUCCAUCUUGGGUGCCCAGAAUUUAUCGAAGUAUUUUCCCGAGAUGAGGAUUUACUCACCCAAGCAACAAAGCAUCUAGAUGAUGACCGAGAUGGGAGAUUGAAACUAGACGAGGCUCGCCGAAGAAUGCAAGCUCAGAUGAUUCUCAUGCAGCAAAGAUCGGCUUUGGAUACUCUGAGAAAGGACAAAACACUUGUUGAUGAAGUUGUCAAUAAUCCUACCCGUUAUCUCAACCUCAUGUCUUAUGAAGACCUGGCAACCAUUGUCAAUGAGGGCUUCGAGGCUGACAGUCUAAACCCAGUCUAUCACAAGUUAAUCAACGAGGCGAUCAAUUCCGAAAAUCUCGAGGUUCUGGAGCGAAUUCCUGUGCUCGUCAAGCAUUAUGGCUUGUUUCCUUCGCUCAAGGAAAUGGCUCAAGGACCCGAGUUUGCUCGAGUAUAUUUCUCUGAUACGCAUGCUCUUACCACGCUCCAGAUGGUAUGCAAGCGUUCGAAAAUCAGUCUGGUUGCAGUCAAACUACUCGUUGAGGGUUUUCAGCUUGACCCAGAUGCACACUCAGCAGUCCCUCGUCGUGUGAAAGGUGGUGUCUCAGUAAAAAUCGCUGAGGGCGGAACUGCACUUCACAUCCUCGCAUCGGCAGAUGAAUGGUGGCACCUAGAGGCGAUCAAAUAUUUGAUUUCAAAAGGAGCUGAUGUGAACGCAAAAGAUGAAAAAGGCUGUACGCCUCUUCAUCUGGCAUCCAAGGGAAAGUACGUCGAUAAUCAUGCGACCAAGGGUUCACAUAGGUUUGACGCAGUUAGUAUCCUCCUGGACAAUGGCGCGGACCCAAACGCCCUGGACAACAACGGGCUAUCGCCACUUCACAAAGCAUCCGGUGCUCUUGACAUAAUGCAGGAGCUGCUGAAACGGGGGGCAGACCCCAACAAAGGGUCUCUCAGCCCUUUGUUCAUGGCAAUAAAAGACGCGAAUUUCCCGGCGUUUGAGAUGCUCCUUGAUCAAGGACUCAGCGUGGAUUCCCUCGAUGAAGUACGGCACAGCCGCGAUGUGCAUUAUUCACUGAAAGAGUCGCGCAAACUAUAUGCACUUGUAUGCUGUGCGUUUUCCAAUGGCUUCAACGAUGAAAUUCUCAAGUCUGUACCGUUGUUAUGUUCCCUCGUGAAACGCGGAGCAAACCUUUACUUGCCAGUGAGUGAUAACGAAACGUUGAUACAUUUCCUCUUCGAGUUCCCAGACUAUCCGAUCCUGGACGCUUUACUUUCAGAGGAAUGCAGGGCCAAGAUUGAUUUCAACCACCGAGAUCAACAGGGGCGCACAGUGUUGAUGGCCGCUUGUGACUGGUUUGGAAGCUUGCCGCGAGGAGGACGCAAAGACCCGAAGAAAGAUCCCUUUUUGACAGGACCUCCCCUCCGUAUCCUCGAUUACGGCGCCGAUGCUACGCUGGCUGAUAUCGCAGGCAUGACGGCCCUUCACCAUUUGUUAGCGAACAACGACAUGGAGGACGAUGUUCUCAUCGAGUUCAUCAACCGCGACGAGGUUGCCCCUACAUUAUUUCUCAAAGACAAGCAGGGGUUCUCGCCUUUCCACUAUGCCCUGCGCACACUCCGCCCGAAGAUCUGCGAGCUUCUACUUUUAAAGGGAGCGGACAUCAGCGAGGCCGACCCAAAUGGCCUGACGGUGCUGCACCAUAUUGCCAACCAGCGCUCGAGCCUGAAUCGCAGAUCACGUCGUUUCAGCGGCUCAACCAGUACCCUACCCGCUGACUAUUUUGACGGAUGCUUGUCUCUUUGGAAGAGAUACAUUGAGGGAGGCGGCUCGAUCAACGUUGUAGACAACGCUGGCAACACCCCCCUGCAUCUCUACCUCUUGUCAUCGGUAUCCGGCCGUCGCCCUGAACACAUGCUUACGUUUCAUCUUGACUAUUACGAUGAGUUCUUUCCUCCAGAUAGCGGCGUUGACGUAUUUGCUUCGAAUAAUGACGGUGAGACGAUGCUCCAUCUCAUAGCUAGACGGCAGAAACAAUAUUUCGCGCAGCCUGGGUAUGACAAAGCCUUGUUUGAGGCGAUGAUGGCGAAGGGGCUAGACCCUUUGAAGGAAGAUAUUCAAGGGAGAAGUGCGUUGGAUGUUGCCAGUGCUUUCGAAAAGGACGACAUUGUUGGGCUUCUAGGAAGAGCUUAG